AUGGUCAUGAAAAUGACUUGUGUUGAAGCCUUAGGAGACAAGUGCAGCUCCCAUGCAGAGACGGCAGCCUUUGCAUUCGUCCUUGCAGCAGAGACUGAGGAGGAGUGUCUCCCAGCCUCCCUGGCCCUGGGGCACGGAACUUCUACUGGGAUACAUAUCGGAGGGGCAGCACACUGGACAGGGUCGCUUCUGCAGAGGCGUGAUCGCAUCAUCCUGAAAGGGAAGGAUGUGGCGGGGUCCGGUCCUUCCAGUGGCAUUGGUCGAGCUCGAGCCGCCGGAGGGUGCAGCGCGCUUCGCGCUGGCGAUGUCCCCGAGACUCGGUCAGAGCACAGUUGUCCCGGGCACCUCGCUCGCAGCGGCUCCCCUGGGCCCCGGAGACGCCCCCUGUUCCUGUCCCUGUCCCCCGCCCCCCUCGGCGGCCGCCCCAGCAGGAGCGGCGGGAGCUGGAGGAGGCGGUGCCUCGGGGACUGUCUUCUCCCCUCCCCUCGCGUCUCCUCCCGCGCCACGGAGAAGGACAAGGGGACUGGGCUCAGGGACCCCGGCCAGAGAUCGCCUGUGUUCAGGGACCGCCCCUCCCGCGCGCUCUUUCGCUGGGAGCCCGGGUCGGUGUCGCUGCGCACCGUGCUGGCAGCAGCCAUGAGCCAGGACGCGGAUCUCAGCGGUCCGGAGCAACCCGACAGAGAUGCCUGCGUUGUGCCUGGUGUUCAGGGCCCCCCCGCACCCCAGGGCCAGCGAGGGAUGCAGCCCCUGCCGCCACCGCCACCGCUACCGCCGCAGCCUCAAGCUAGCCUGCCCCAGAUCAUCCAAAAUGCUGCCAAGCUCCUGGACAAGAGUCCCUUCUCAGUCAGUACCCAGAACCCUCUGCUCCCUUCUCCAGCCAGCCUCCAGCUGGCCCAGCUGCAGGCCCAGCUCACCCUCCAUCGGCUGAAGCUGGCACAGACGGCGGUCACCAACAACACUGCAGCUGCCACGGUCCUGAAUCAAGUCCUCUCCAAAGUGGCCAUGUCCCAGCCCCUCUUCAACCAGCUGAGGCAUCCAUCUGUGCUCAGCACCCCACAUGGCCCUGCUGGGGUUUCCCAGCAUGCUGCCCCCAUACCCAGUGCUCGGUUUCCCUCGAAUGCAAUUGCCUUUUCACCUCCAAGCCAAACACGAGGCCCGGGACCUUCUGCGAGCAUCCCCAGCCAGCCCCCCAGUGCUGUGGUAGUACAUCCCUUCAGUGGGGUGAUGUCUCAGACCCCUGCCCAGCCAGCAGUCAUCCUGGGCAUUGGGAAGGCUGGGCCUACACCAGCUACUGCAGGGUUCUAUGAAUAUGGCAAAGCCAACCCUGGCCAGGCCUAUGGCUCCGAAACGGAGGGCCAGCCAGGCUUCUUGCCAGCCUCGGCCUCAGCCACUGCAUCAGGCAGUGUGACCUAUGAAGGGCACUAUGGCCACACAGGGCAGGAUGGACAAGCUGCCUUCCCUAAAGACUUCUAUGGACCCAGUGCCCAAGGGUCACAUGUGGUAGGUGGAUUUCCAGCUGACCAGGCUGGGGGCAUGAAAGGGGAAGUUGGUGGGCUGUUACAAGGCACCAACAGCCAGUGGGAGAGCCCCCCUGGAUUCUCUGGCCAAAACAAGCCCGAUAUUACAACAGGCCCCAGUUUGUGGGCUUCACCCACCAGCCAGCCCUAUGAGCUAUAUGACCCCGAGGAGCCUACCUCAGACAGGACCCCUCCUGCCUUUGGAGUUCGGCUUAACAACAGCAAGCAGGGGUUCAACUGCUCCCGGCGGCGGGCCAAGGAGGACCAGGCUGUGCUGUCCAUGAGGCCCUUGCAGGCUCACGAACUGAAUGACUUCCACGGUGUGGCUCCCCUCCACCUGCCACAUAUCUGCAGCAUCUGUGACAAGAAAGUGUUUGACUUGAAGGACUGGGAGCUGCAUGUGAAAGGGAAGCUGCACGCCCAGAAAUGCCUGCUCUUCUCUGAAAGCGCUGGCCUCCGGUGUAUACUUGCUUCGGCAGAGGGGACACUGUGUGCCUCCUCAAAUAGCACAGCUGUUUAUAACCCCACUGGAAAUGAGGAUUAUGCCUCGAGUCUUGGAACACCGUACGCAGCCAUUCCAACAAGGGUUUUUGCUCAGUCAAAUCCCACGUUUCCUUCAGCUUCCUCUGGGACAAAUCAGUUUGCACAGAGGAAAGGUGCUGGACGAGUGGUGCACAUCUGCAAUCUCCCAGAGGGCAGCUGCACUGAGAAUGACGUCAUUAACCUGGGGCUGCCCUUUGGCAAAGUCACUAAUUACAUCCUCAUGAAGUCAACCAACCAGGCUUUCUUAGAGAUGGCUUACACGGAAGCUGCCCAGGCCAUGGUUCAGUACUACCAAGAAAAGUCUGCCGUGAUCAGCGGUGAGAAGUUACUCAUUCGGAUGUCCAAGAGAUACAAGGAGUUGCAGCUGAAGAAACCUGGGAAAAACGUGGCUGCUAUCAUCCAGGACAUCCAUUCCCAGAGAGAGAGGGACAUGUUCCGGGAAGCCGACAGAUACGGUCCAGAGCGGCCACGCUCUCGAAGCCCAGUGAGCCGAUCACUCUCCCCAAGAUCCCACACUCCAAGCUUCACUUCCUGUAGCUCCUCCCACAGUCCUCCAGGCCCCUCCAGGGCUGACUGGGGCAAUGGCCGGGACUCCUGGGAACAGUCUCCCUAUGCGAGAAGGGAAGACGAUCGCGAGCCUGUCCCCUGGAGAGAGAACGGGGAAGACAAAAGGGACAGGACAGAUGUUUGGGCACAUGAUCGGAAACACUACCCCAGGCAGCUGGACAAAGCUGAGUUGGAUGAGCGACUUGAAGGAGGGAGGGGCCACCGGGAAAAGUACCUGAGGUCGGGGUCCCCCGGCCCGCUCCAUUCUGUGUCCAGCUACAAAGGCCGGGAAGAUGGCUACUAUCGAAAAGAGCCUAAAGCCAAGUUGGACAAAUACCAGAAGCAGCAACAGGAUGUGCCAGGAAGGUCCAGGAGGAAAGAAGAGGCUAGACCGCGGGAGAGUAGACACCCUCACCCAGAGGACUCCAGCAAGGAAGAUGAGCUGGACCCCAAGAAUGCUAGGGCCCCUGAGGGUGUCAAGUCCAAGCAGAGUGAGAAAAGCAAAACUAAGAGACCUGACAGAGACCAAGAAGGAGCUGAUGACAAAAAAGAAAGCAGAACGGCAGAGAAUGAGGCUGGAGCUGAGGAACAGGAGGGCAUGGAAGAAAGCCCCUCAUCUGAGGGCAGACAGCAAGAACAGGCGGAGUCCUCUGAGCCAGAGAGCACAAGGACAAAGAAGGAACAAGACUGGGAGAGUGGAAGUGAUGAGGCUGAGGGGGACGGCUGGUACCCCACAAACAUGGAGGAGCUGGUCACAGUGGAUGAAGUCGGGGAAGAGGAUUUCAUCAUGGAACCAGACAUACCAGAGCUGGAAGAAAUUAUACCCAUUGCCCAGAAAGACAAAAUCCUGCCCGAAAUAUGUCCCUGUGUGACAACCACCUUAGGUUUGGACUUAGCCCAAGACUUCGCCAAGCAGGGGGAGGCCAUAGAGAACGGGAGUGCAGAAAUCAGCUUUACGCUACCCAGACAACAACUGCCGUCGACUUCCACAAGCUGUCCCAAUGACACGGACGUGGAGCUGCCUGGCCUAAAUCUGGAUGCUGAGCGGAAGCCAGCUGAACGCGAGACAGGCCUCUCACUGGAGGUCUCAAAUUGCUCCGAGAAGGAGGCAAGAGGAGCGGAGGACUCGGAUGUGUGUCUGGCCCCUGCAGCCCAGCAAAUGUCUUCCCCCCAGCCAGCAGAUGAGAGGGCCCGGCAGCCCAGCCCUUUUCUCGAUGACUGCAAGGCCAGGGGGUCCCCUGAAGAUGUGGCUCAGGAAGUCGGCCCUCUGGAAGAGAAAGCCGGCCCCCCUACUGAAAGCGACCUCCAAGGCCAGGCUUGCCAAGAACACUCCAGGUACAUGGAAAUGAAGUCUCUGGAUGUGAAGUCCCCAGAAUUCACUGAAGCAGAGCUGAAGGAGCCCCUUUCUUUGCCUUCCUGGGAACCGGAGGAUGUAUUCAGUGAACUUAGCAUUCCACUAGGAGUGGAGUUCGUGGUUCCCAGGACGGGCUUUUAUUGCAAGUUGUGUGGCCUGUUCUACACAAGUGAGGAGGCAGCCAAAGUGAGCCACUGUCGCAGCACUGUCCACUACAGGAACUUACAGAAGUACUUGUCUCAGCUGGCAGAGGAGGGGCUGAAGGAGCCAGAGGAGGCUGGCAGUCCAAGCCCCGAGGACAGCGGGAUUGUGCCACACUUUGAAAGGAAAAAGCUCUGACGCUGCUGCUGCCAUCACCGCUGUCUCUGGAAGGUGGAUAAGAAGCCUGCUGAACUAGGGCCAGCCUGGCCUUGGGGACAGAACUGAGGCCAGAGAGGGAGGAGAGCCAGGCAAGACAUGGUGCUUGGGCUUGUCUCCAGUGACGAGCAAACAUCCUGAGUGUCUCUGGGUCCAGCCCACCCAGGGUGACCAGCUUCUGUGGGCUUCUGUCUCUCUUAGUCUGUUUUUCUCUCUUCAUUUCACCCAUCUUUUCUGUGCCAAAGUUCAUUUCGUUUUCAUAAAAAUCCAACUUCUCAGGGAUUGUCACUGUGUUUAAAUUUUUGACUGGAUAUGGUAGGUCUGUCAAGU